AUGAGUGAGCUCCAUACCUAUGGAUUCAAGCAAUUAAGCAUUGUGUUUGUGUGUGUGUGUUUCAUCGGGUUCCACGACUCCCUUAUAUAUCCACUGCUGCUGUCUUGGGACCCUGCCCUCUCUCCCUUUCUCAGCCUUCGCUUUUCAAUUGUCAAUAUCAAACUCAACCCAUUACUCCUCUUUGAUCCUCUUCUUCUGGGUUCAUUGGUUUUUUCAUUGGCGUCCAUGUCUAGAUUUGUGCUCAAAGACUGCAAAUUGCAGGCAUUUGAUGCUCUUUAUGGACCAAGUUCAUGUUCUCUUGCAAGGAGGAUUCACACCCGUGUGGAAGUAAGGGGUGGAUGUUCAUUACCUGAAAAGGGUAGAAAUUUGGCAAUCCAAAACAAGCAGCACAGUUCAAUUGUUGCUCUUUCGGGCCCUUCCUCGAUUAUUCAAGCUUCAAGGAACUCCCAUAUUUUGUGCAAGGCAGCAGCAAAUGUGUCUGGAGAUGUCCCUGGUAACACUCCUGCUGGAAUGAGCCAAUAUGAGAGAAUAAUUGAAACAUUAACAACUCUUUUUCCUGUGUGGGUCAUAUUAGGCACCGUUAUUGGCAUCUACAAGCCUGCUGCGGUAACUUGGCUAGAAACAGACCUUUUCACAAUUUGCUUGGGCUUUCUAAUGCUCUCAAUGGGAUUGACAUUGACAUUCGAGGAUUUUAGACGAUGUCUGCGGAACCCAUGGACUGUGGGUGUAGGAUUUCUUGCUCAAUACUUAAUCAAACCCAUGUUAGGCUUCUUUAUUGUGAUGACUCUAAAACUGUCUGCGCCUCUUGCAACUGGUCUUAUUUUGGUCUCAUGCUGCCCUGGAGGCCAGGCAUCCAAUGUUGCAACCUAUAUAUCUAAGGGGAAUGUAGCACUCUCUGUUCUCAUGACAACUUGUUCAACUAUUGGAGCUAUUGUUAUGACACCACUCCUUACAAAGCUUCUUGCUGGUCAGCUUGUACCAGUUGAUGCAGCGGGCCUGGCGAUCAGCACUUUCCAGGUUGUUUUAGUGCCAACCGUUAUUGGAGUGUUGUCAAAUGAGUUCUUCCCCAAAUUCACAUCAAAAAUAGUCACUGUAACACCUUUAGUUGGAGUUAUUCUUACUACUCUACUUUGUGCAAGCCCUAUUGGACUAGUUUCAGAUGUCUUGAAAACUCAAGGGGCACAACUAAUUUUGCCUGUGGCCAUCCUACAUGCUGCUGCAUUUGCACUUGGUUAUUGGGUUUCAAAAAUAUCAUUUGGGGAAUCCACUUCACGUACCAUUUCCAUCGAAUGUGGGAUGCAGAGUUCUGCGCUUGGAUUUCUACUUGCCCAGAAACAUUUCACAAAUCCUCUUGUGGCCGUUCCUUCUGCUGUAAGCGUAGUCUGCAUGGCGCUUGGUGGCAGUGCUCUAGCCGUCUUCUGGAGGAACCAGCCAAUUCCUGUCGAUGACAAAGAUGACUUCAAAGAAUGAAUGUUUUACCCCUUCUUUUCUUUUGUCAAUUGUCUUCUCUGAGCUGCUGUUAGUUCCUGGUUUAGCUUAGUAUCUCAGUUUGCUCUACAUCAACUAGAAUUUGCCAUCCCCUUAUCUUUUGAGUUAAGUUUUCAGGGAACCAAAAAAAAGGAGAGUUUUGGUUUCAGGCAGUUGUGUAGUAUUAGGGUCAUAAAUAUUAGAACUGAAAAUGUAACUCUUGAAUUUCUCAGUUUUGAAAUUGAAAGGAAAAGAAUAAAAGGACUGAUGAGUAAUAAACCCAAUGUUUGGUUUGA